GAUCGGGCCAUCUUGGUCGCGGCCGGCGCGGCAGACGGAGCCGCGGAGGAAGCCGCGGAGACCCAGGUACGCGCCCGCCGCCGGUCCCGGGCCCCCGCGCCGCCGCAGGUGCACCCGCUCUUUGUUCUGCGCAAGGGCGCAGAACAACCCGACCCCCUGUGCAGCCCGCCGUGGCCCGGAGAGGCCCGCGAUAAAGGAGCCGCCUCCGGAGUCGGCACCCCCAGGGCCUGCACCACCUGCCCGGCCUCGGCUCUGCCUGGUCCCGGCUGUGCGCGGCUCUCGGCCCCGUCGGCCCCGCCUUCUUGUUCGGUCUUCCCAGCCGCUCAGCCUGGAACCCUGAUUCCCGUCGGGGUCUGCCCAAACCUAGCAUCACAGGUGCUCAGGCUCUGGGUCACCCACAGCCCCUUCUCCCAGCCCCCGCGUCCGGGCCUUCGGCAGCCCUCUGGCCAACAUGGUUCAACCCCAGACAUCGAAAGCCGAGAACCCGGCCUCUGCAGCAUCUACUAAUGCCCAAAUGGAUGACGUCAUCGACACCCUGACCUCCCUGCGCCUCACCAACUCCGCGCUGAGGCGGGAGGCCUCGACCCUGCGGGCGGAGAAGGCCAAUCUUACCAACAUGCUGGAGAGCGUGAUGGCAGAGCUGACCUUGCUGCGCACCAGGGCCCGGAUUCCGGGGGCGCUGCAGAUCACCCCGCCCAUCUCAGCAAUUACCUCCAAUGGGACCCGACCCAUGACCACGCCUCCAACCUCCCUGCCCGAGCCCUUCUCUGGAGACCCCGGCCAGCUGGCAGGGUUCUUGAUGCAAAUGGACAGGUUCAUGAUCUUCCAGGCCUCCCGCUUCCCCGGUGAGGCUGAGCGAGUGGCGUUCCUGGUGUCCCGGCUCACUGGGGAGGCAGAGAAGUGGGCGAUCCCCCACAUGCAGCCUGACAGCCCCUUGCGAAACAACUAUCAGGGAUUCCUGGCAGAGUUGCGGAGAACCUACAAGUCUCCACUGCGGCACGCGCGGCGCGCGCAGAUCAGGAAGACUUCUGCCUCUAACCGGGCAGUGCGCGAGCGGCAGAUGCUCUGUCGCCAGCUGGCUGCCACGGGCACAGGGCCUUGCCCCGUGCAUCCAGCCUCCAGUGGGACUAGUCCAGCUCCGGCUCUGCCCACACGAGCACGGAACCUUUAAGAUUCGGCCACCGCCUGGGUCGCCUCUGCAGCGACGCAGACAGCAUACGCCCUUUGCAACGUAGAAGAAGUGUCCAUACAACAGCGUCGCCCUUGUUUGAAGACCUUCCUCCCUGCCUCUCCAGACCUGUUCCAUAAGGAGAUCUUCCUUAAUCACUCUUGGGCGCCCCGUGACCCACCUUCCUUCCCAGUGAUCUGUGCUAGCUUUGGACCCACAGUGCAUGCUUCCCCUGUCUUGCUUGCAGACCCCGCUCUCCUGGGGACCGCAGCUCUGCUGCUCGGCCACCGUGACCCCACAGCCCGCUGCGGAUCAUUUGGGCAGAUCUCUCCCAGCCUGAUAAGGUUCACGGACGCUCUCGCUCUACCCUGUGCAGGCCCCCAUGGCAGCUCCCUGCUGAUGACAGAGGGGAGCCACUUUGGCCAGGCUGGUGGUGUGUUUUGGGUACGUGGGGGCGGGGAGUCUGGCUUCACACCCGCAGCUGAUCACCAUCCCUGCCAGGCCCUGGAAUAGCAGGUGGAGGCCUGGGGGGUGGGGGGCUCGACUCUGCUGCGGUGGCCAAGUGUUCCCUGCUGGGAGUGUGGCACAAGCAUUUCUGGUGGGCAGGCUUCACUCCUCGCGGGAACCCACAGUCGGUAUGUCCCGUUGUCGCCACUGGGAAAGCCCCCAGAGGAUGCACCUGCAGAAAUGCUUGGCUUUAGUUGCAGCGUUCUGACAGCGCUGGGCAUUCUGGAAUCUGGAACUGGCCUGCUGCAGGAAGUCACUGUGACUCGGGAUCGCUGAGCGGUUCCAUGGAGCCACCACAGGUGGCCUGUUCGUGUACAUCCCUGUGGCCCAUGGUGGGCUGAGGGGGGGCGGGUGCCCCAGUAAGAACUGCCACCGCCAGCUUGUGUGGUCCCCCCACCCCCUGCCCCGCCUCUGCCCCCAUCACUUGGUGGGAGGCCUGUCUAGCUCGAGACCUGUUCCCGUCUCCAGACGACAUGUGGCCUUCACCUUGGCCCACUUGGCCACCCACACCACCUCUAGGUCUCCAAAGCUGUGUGUAGCGUGCCUGGGCUGUCCCAUCGGGUGUCUAGGCUUUGUCUAAGAAAACAGGGACUCCUAGCUUGAGACCCAAAUCCUCUGGGAUGCAUCAUUAAGCACUUAAGGAAGGAGUAUUUGCCUCUGAUGGCCACACCAGGGCCUCUGUGGCGUUUGUAACGGGAAAGAGCUGCAGUCUGCCUUGGUCCUAAUGUGGGGACAGGACAGAACUGGCACUUGGGUCCAAAUUCCAAGGGACAACGCUACACCUGUGAUGGUGGAUGGCCUUUUUGGUUCCUCAUAGGGAACACCCAGAAAUCACUUUCUAAAGGAGACUUGGCCAAGCCCUUUGGACCAUGAUGCUCUCGCCAUAUUUAAUGCCAAAUGAACCGCAUUUACAUGACUGCCUGGACCAUGGGGAAGAUGAGGCAUCUUAUCCUGGGUCCAUCUGCCCUAUCCGAAUGGUCCUGGCUUGACGGCCGAAGGCUAGUCUCUGCACCCACCCGAAGACCUCUGUCUUGGGACACCCAGAGGUUGGGUCCUAGGGUCCAUCCAUUCUUCCUGAGAGUUUUGAUGAUGCUGGGGACAGUGACUGCGUUCUUAAAGCAGCCACUGCCUUGCAAGGUCAAGGACAUUCAGUGGCUGCUGGGGUUCGUGGACCACUGCCACCCACUCAUUGUAAACUCUGUUAGCCCAGUUGCCCUGCUGAAGAACUGCCUGAAUACAGGCUUCAGGCCCCCUGGAUUCCAGCCAAGGCUGUUCCAGUGGGACCAUGGUGCUCAUCAAGCAUGAAUGGGGGGAGGGGAGGACACACAGUGGGGCCAUCAUUCUGGGGGGGGGACCUCUAGUGGGGGGUGUACAGAUCCCUUUCUCUUUGUGCUCAGUGCUCUACUGUCUGCCUGCUAGGCGGAGGGGCUGUGGAUGCAGGGGUGCAGACCCCAGGGCGGGGAGAGUGGACAGGAUGCCUGCGGGGGGGUAGGAGGCACCCUGAAGGUUGCCAUGGGGCCCCAGCCCGCUGAGGGCGAGAGACCCCGCAUGGAAGCAGGACGGGAACUGCCAUCUCACCGACCCCUGGGCCUACCCAUGUGGCACAGAAGUCCUCCUGCGCUUGCGUGGCAUGCAGCCCUGGCUCUGUGCCUCGGAGCGCAGCAGGGCACGGCCGCGGAGGGCCAGGCUGGCGUGCUGCCUGUCCGCCCCGUGAUCCGGCCUCUGCCGUGGGGGGGUCGCGCCCCGUCCAGGCCGCUGCUCCAGCUCCCUUCGGUUCCGGGAGUUGUGUUUGGGCCGCUGGGGCUUCUGCUCGUGGGCCUGGUUGUGGUGCUGUCGCUUCAUCUGCGCCCUGGACCGCUUCCGGCAGCUUGGCAAGGGGGUAGAUGAGAGGCUCGGGGGGUUGCCCUGUCAGACUCAGAAGAGGCCCCACGUGGCUCCCGUGGAAGACGCCCGAGUUCCCAGUGGAAGAGGGUGAGACCCGCGCUCCGUGCAGCCCAGAGCCAGACGGUGGGACCGGGAGGGUCAAGCUGGAGAAGGAAGUGGGGGAGGGGAGCGGCGUUGUACAGACUCCGGUUGGGAGUUCUCUCGAUUUAAGAGGACAGCUAUUGAUGUAUAGGAGGGACAGGCAGUUAGUAGUGUUAAACCGUGCAUGUGAGGGGAAGUGUUAUAUCUUUCAUGGUGUGGACAUUAUUUGAACUAUACUGUGGUUUUUCCGGUCUACCUGAUAGCCCACCUGGUAAGUAAGCCUCAUGGCAUAACAGGGCAUCGUUUGAGAUGGAAUUUAGAAUCAGUGGUGACCUCCUGGCCGAAUGUAGAGUGUGACCUUGGGCUUAGUGUCCUAAAGCAUUUCCGUGAUGUCUAGGAAAAAGCAAAGACCUGGUUUGUGGGUCGCAGGUAAGUAUACGAUGAGUGAGUAAUGACGGGGGCGCAGGACCUCCGAGAAGGUGCUGGUAUGACUUUUCCUGGCGUGUGGGUCCCUGCCGCCAAGUGUGACAGGCCACUUGCUGGGUGACCAGUCCUGGCAGUUCGGCCCAUAGGGGAGGAAUGUGAGGGACAGGUGGGCACGACCUACUUAGGCUACCUUAAGGGUGCAAGUCCUGCAGUCGGAUGAAAGGGAUCCCCGGGGACCACCUGCUGCAGAGGACUUUGGGUGGGAGGAGGGGGAGGAGAUGGAGAUGCUUGCCAGCAAACUCAGCUCUCCGGUGCCUGCAAAGCCUUAGACGGGCGCUUAGAGCUGAGGUCAGGACGAUUCUGCAGAAGGCAGGGCAGAGCCCCUCACUGGGCCAACAGCGGUAGCUUGCCCGUGUCAGGAGAGGAUUGGUUGUAGGACAGGGCCACUGUGGAGAGGACUGGUGACCCCAUGGCAUCUCUUGGGGUCCUGACAUGGGGAGUGGUGGUGGCCGUACAGCGUAGACUCCGUGGAGGAAAUGGGAGGGGCCCUCGCGGCUCACUGCGACAUCACUAACUCCACGGAAAGUGACAAGGCACCAGGUCUUUUCACGGUCAGAGCAAACUACACCUUACAGAAAUGUUGGAGAAGAAGGUAGAACUUGAGAAGAGCAAAGUCGUAACAUUUUGGUGGCUCUCCUGCCAGGCCCCUCCUUUCUCCCCGCACCCAUCAUGGUUUUUCUUCUUUUUGUUGCGACGUAGUGGUGAUAACUACCUUCUGUAAUGAAACAGUGCUGUGUGGGUGUUUUCACUUCUAUCAGGGGACUUCCCCAUUACACGUUAGUACUAAUCUGCGUUUGAACUGGCCGUGUCCUCCCGCCACGUAGACGGACAGUAGUGCCCACGCCUGAUCACCCAUGCCGUUCGUCACCUAAUCUCCCACCACGAGAAAUGGAAGAAUUUCUUCGUACAUAACGCUUUUCCCCAACGUCAAGUUAUUUCCUUAGGAUAGAUUCUCAGAGGUGGGAUUAUUGGAUUGAUAUGAAAACCUUUGAGCCCCUUAUGACAUAUCGACGGAAUGGUGUCCAGCAAUGUUUGUAUCCAUCGACACUGCCGCCAGCAAGGACGCACGUGCCUGUCGGACCGUCUUGCCAGCUCUGAGUCGUAUCCUCUGGCGAGGCUUGCUGGCCCGAUGAUGAAACAUACCUGUGUUUCAGUUUGCAUUUCUUUGCUUUCUAGCAAAGUAGAACAUCUCUCCAUGUUAAGCAGUUGUGUUUCCUCUCCUGUGGAUGGUCAGUGUCCUUUGCUCUUAUCUACUGGGGUCUGAUAAAUUUGUAUGAGCUCGUUCUAUAUUAAAGAUAUUAACCUGUCGUGUGUCAUA